UCUAAGACGUUGUUGGAGUUUUCCCUUACAAAGGCACGCGCACACACAAAACUCCGCGCAGCUCGAGAGUCUGUGUCUCACUCUUAGUGUCUCUCUCUCAGUGUCUCUCUCUCAGUGUGUUAAUCAGGGUGGACUGUAAUCCUCCGUGAUGGCGGCGCGCGGCUCUUCUUCUUCCAGACCCUACCAGCUCAUCAUCUUCGGGGCUUCGGGCUUCACUGGCCGCUUCGUGGUGGAGGAGGUGGCCAGGAGCAGCGCCGAGGUUCCGGGGGGGAAACUGGUCUGGGCCAUCGCGGGGAGGAGCAGAGACAAGCUGGAGAAGGUUCUGCAGGAGGCCGCGCAGCAACUCGGGAAACCAGAGCUGCAGUCGGAGGUGGAGAUCAUCGUGGCUGAUGUGUCAGAGCCGGACUCGUUAGCUGCUAUGUGUAAACUAGGGCUUGUUAUCCUCAACUGUGUCGGGCCGUAUAGAUUCUAUGGUGAGCCGGUGGUGAAGGCGUGUGUGGAGAACGGUGCUCACUGUGUGGACAUCAGUGGAGAACCUCAGUAUUUAGAGAGCAUGCAGCUGAGUUACGGCGCAGCGGCGGCGGAUGGGGGCGUGUACAUCGUGGGGAGCUGCGGCUUCGACUCCAUUCCUGCAGAUUUGGGCGUAAUUUACACACGGGACCAGUUUAAAGGCACUCUGACAGCUGUGGAGAGUUUUCUGACCGUGAGCUCAGGACCUGAGGGGUCAUCUAUCCAUGAUGGGACAUGGCAGUCGGCCGUGUACGGGGUGGCAGACAGUGACAAGCUGAGGAGCCUGAGGAAAAAAUUCAACCACAAACCGCUGCCUGUGGUCGGGGCCAAGAUUAAACGAAGGAGCGCUCUGUUCUAUAGUAAUGAAAUACAGCAGUAUGCGAUUCCCUUCAUGGGCUCUGAUCCUUCUGUGGUGAAGAGAACUCAGCGCUUCCUGUUUGAGGAACAUCAACAAACUCCGGUCCAGUACGGAGCGUAUGCUGGAGUGGGGAGAAUCUCCUCUGUUAUAAAACUGCUCUUCGCCGGUUUCAUCUUCUUCUUACUCGUCAAGUUCAGCUUUGGCAGAAACCUUCUGAUUAAAUUUCCAGAGUUUUUCUCCUUUGGAUAUUUCUCCAAAGCUGGACCGAGUCGGAAACAGAUGGAGGGAUCAUCAUUUCGUUUUGCGUUCUUUGGUGAAGGUUACAGUGAUGGUCAGGAUCUGUCUCAGGGGAAACCCAACGCUAGAAUCCGCACCCUCGUCCAGGGACCAGAGGCAGGUUAUGUUGCAACACCGAUCGCCAUGGUGCAGGCGGCUCUCACCAUCCUCACUGAACCUGACACUCUGCCCAAAAAAGGUGGUGUGUAUACCCCCGGAGCUGCCUUCGCUAAAACCUCCCUCAUCAAACGUCUGGAUCAACACGGCAUCCAUUUCUCUGUGCUGUGAGAAGAAGCGAAGUGGAGUUUAACACAGCGAACCUUCAGCACUACAUAUCACUUGCUCUGAUUAGCGCUUAGCAUCAAGGCUUACAUGCAGGAUUAAAUUCAUCUACUUCAUUCUGAACAUAGAGACCCCUCACUGAUGUAGUCCAUUACUUUUGCACUAAAGAGGUGACACACACACACACACACACACACACACACACACACACACACACACACACACACACAGUGUAUGUGAGAAAUAUAUAGCCUGAGGUAGCCUGGGUUAGCUAUAGACUUAGCAUUAAUUCACCUGUGUGUAUCAGUUUUGGUUUGUGGAGAAUUUAAAUAACACAUUUAUAACAUGUAUGUUGUGUGUUUUUCCCCUGUAACUUUUGCACUAAUGAAUUAAAGGCUACAGAAGAGAUUAAUUUAA